CCUCACAAUGGCCGUGUCAUAGUCGUCAUACACACAUCGCCGCGCUUCCAGUUUGCAGCCCAGCCCUGGAGGUGAAGCAGAUCCACGAUCGGCUCACGUGCCGACGCAGCGAGAAGCCGCACGGGAGUCAAAGCGUCAACGCUAAGUCGCGUCCCCGCAACUUCCAGAAUUUCCAUCCCAACUUUAUUCGAACCGUCACGGCUUCACCCCGCAGACGCGAUGCCAAGUGCCCACAACGCAGCAUGUCAUCAACGGCGCCGCACCCGGAUACGCAUCUAUGGCCUCGUCAACCUUGCCGGCUUCCCGUGAAUUCAUAACGCAGCUGCUCGACUCGCUGCGUGGAAUCGCGCCGCAGCACUCCGCGGACACCGGCGCCGAAUCAAACGCGCUCAGCGCUGCGCCCGAACCGGCCAAGAAGCAGCUCCUCACACUGCACGUCCUCUUUCCCAAUGAGUUGCUCCCUGCGUUGGACCUGCUCGACCGGCGUCUCGUAACGCGCUUCCGCAUCCGCCGCGAGCCGAAAGACACUGGGGAGGAAGCUGCGCCGCAAAACGCGACAACAGUAUCACGAAGCCCUGGACAUAAGGAAGGGACAGCGGCACAGCUCGGUGCUAAUGAAAUUGCGCGUUUAAAAGAGGCGUCGGCACACAAUCUCACCGUGACACGCGCCGCCGGACAAAUGCAUUCCGCCGAUGCGACCAUGCGCGGUGUGGAAUCCUUCGUACCUUAUACGGCCGAUAUGACAGACGUACCCCGAAGCACUGCGGAGGAGGGAAGACACAGCUCAGAAGGAGGUGACGUUGCGGCACAGCAAUCACAGUCAGAUGUGGUAUACUACGUCCGCUCCGCCCAGCAAAAGUCCUCGCGCUACAGCACCUCCUACGACUCGACCACAAGCUACGAAGUCAGACUCACGGCAUGGAACUGCUCCUGUCCAGCCUUCGCGUUCGCUGCGUUCCCAUCGGUACAUCCUGAGCCCCCUACUCCGACGUACGACGAAGCAGCGGAGCUAAGCGGAAGUAAGAAGAGCACAGAUGAUGCUGAGUGGAUUUUCGGCGCCAUGAGCUUGGGUGAAGGGACGCCGCCUGUCUGCAAGCACUUGCUGGCAUGUGUGCUGGUGGAGCGCUGCAGUGGGUUGUUUGGGGAGUUUGUGGAAGAGAAGGAGGUCAGUGUUGAGGAAGCAGCGGGAUGGGCUGCAGGAUGGGGAGACUGAGAUGAAAGUUCUCUGCAGUCUAAGUCUUUGGCCCCGGACGAUGGGGUUGGGUGCGACGCUAUGGUAACUCGAUAUAAACGGAGCGCAAUAUGGGAGGAGCUCGGAACCUGAAGGAGGCUGCACAUUGAUACCCGGCCGUAGGCAGCACGGCCUGACGAACUAAUGAGAAGCAUGACAAGUUCGACUUAAAGAACUAUAACCACGCUCCGAAGCUUCCUCGUGUUACACCC